AUGAAUUCCUACCAAGAGUUAAUUUGUAACGGAGAGAGCAGCGCACAGUACUCAGGGGGUUACCUUCCAGCGGAGGCCAGGCUGCCACACUUGGAGAAGAGAACAACUUUAAAAUUUAGCUGUGGGAGCGAAGAAGGGCGCUAUGCACUUGGCACGGAGUUUCCCCUGCGGCACCGCGUCUCUCCAUUCCCUAGUACCGCCCCAGCUCCUCCGCAGCAAUAUGGCUUUGCGAACGCUAACGACGCAUUCCAUACAGGGAGCCUACACAUAGCCUUCGGGGCUACAUCCGCCUACGCGCAAAAUCAGGGUUACCCUUCCACUGCGACUUGCAGUCACCUCUCUCACCCCGCAACCUCUUACCCUAACGCUCCGGAGCUGGACUUCAGUAGACCCGGAUACCAACCCAAAAAGGAGAUUCUAGCGAACUUAACCGGGCAUCACUCCGGAUUCGGGUCACUUAAAAGGCAGUCUCAGUUACACACUCAGGAAAUAACAAAGAUUCACCUGACAGUCACGGACAGUCCCAGUAACUCCAACGACGUCAUUCAGCAACCUCAACCUGACAACAGUUACCUUAACAAAACUUUCCAGUGGAUGAAAGUUAAGCGCAACCAACACAGGGCAGUAAGGUCGUUCCCUGGGGUCAGCGGGGUGAAGUGCUUUGGCCCGGGGCUCGGCGCGAACGGCGACUGCGACGGCGGUGAGAAUUUCACGCAGGAAGGGCGGCACCCCGCCGGCGGCGCCCCGCGGACCAACUUCACCACCAAGCAGCUGACCGAGCUGGAGAAGGAGUUCCACUUCAACAAGUACCUGACGCGAGCCAGGCGGGUGGAGAUCGCCUGCGCCAUGCAGCUCAAUGAGACGCAGGUCAAGAUCUGGUUCCAGAACCGACGGAUGAAGCAGAAGAAGAGGGAGAAGGAGGGCCUGGCGCUGGCGCCCCCGGCCUCGUCGGGGAGCGGGCCGGAGGACUCGCCGUCCGAAAAGUCAGACGCCGGCUCCUCUCCGGCCUCCUCCCCUCCUCUGCCCAAACCCUUGCCUCCGGACACUGACACUAGUGACUCCACACCUUCUAUACAAACUGAGGUCUGUUGUCAUGUCUAAGGUCUGUUGCUGCUAUGCCAUUAUGAUUUUUUAAAAGAUAUUCUGUGUGCCCUGUAUUUAAUCAGCAUUGGCGUUUAGCUUUGACUUGCAUGUAAAUGCAAUUCUGUUUUUUCCUUCACAAACACCAUUUGUUCAGCAGUCACCAAAAAUGACGUACCAAACUGCUGCAGAACAAAUAAUGUGUCCUUCCAUUCAUUUUUUAAUCAAAGUUAAGGGUAAAUAUUGAGUGAAUCUAAACGUGUACCAGCUUAUCAUUAUUAACUCACUGUAUGCUAUGCUAUUAGCAGUUUGCAUGUUGUUCACACUGCAUAAAGGAAGUAAUUGUGUAUAUAUAUUUAAAGGUAGAAAAUUAUCAUUUGAAACAAUCAACAACCACGUUGCGAGCUAAUUUAUAAAAUGAAUAUUACUGUGCACUUUUUAAUGUCAGGGUUAUUCAGUAUUUUCUUCCAUACUAAUGCGGAAACGGUAGACAAGAAAGAAACAAGUUUAAUUACUUGCAUUUUAUAUCAGUGCCUCUUGUUAGACAAUGGAAUAAAAAUGCUAUGCACAAUCUAUCGAUUUACCAACACAACCGUCAGAAAAGAAUGUUUCCUUUUUAAGGUUGAGCCUUUAACGUUUCAUAACUGGAACACAAGCACACGCUCGAUAUUUGGUUAAAUAAAUAAAUAAAUAAACAACACUUUUUAAAAAUUAUAUACUCCAACUCCAUGCUAUAUUUUCUGUAUUUUUUGUCGACAGUAAUAUUUCACGUUUUAAGUGUCAUCAUUGUAUUUAUGCAAGCAAACGAUUAGCUGUUUUUUCUGAUUGUUUUUAUUACAAGAAUAAUCCGCUUUCAACAGUUAUCAACACAUCUUGAUUGUAGUGUCAGUUUAGGUGUGAAAAGCAUUACUUAUAAGACUACAAAAAAACGUGUUGCAAUGUGUUGAUUUAGCUGUGAACAUCUAGUUAGGUACAAGUCGUCAAAUAUUAACUUCAGAUUGCAAAUCAUUUUUAAUCAUAUUGCGUUCAUUUUCGGGUGGGGGUAUGUAG